GUAGAAGCCGAGGCCGAAACCUCCACUCAAGACCUCGUGUAUGCCUCUGAGUGAUAACCAUUCCACCUGAUGGGCCAUGGUCUGCUGGAGUAUUGCUCUUUGGCAGAUAUUCUUCUUUUCAAGUACCUUACCUCCUCCGCCGGUCUGUAUUGAAGCCUUCAUCAAUGGAAACUCUCAGCCAGCCAAGUUGACACUAGGUGUUUUGUGAGCGUAUGAUAGGAGGGGCCAGCCAUCUUUCGUUCGAAGCAGCACCUACUUACUGUUACCUGCAAAGGAAUGAAUAAACUUCAAAAUGCCUCUUCAUACUAAAGUUUCGGAUUGAGUACGUAUCCGAACAUGAUAUUCUCUAGAAUCCCAUGUCGUUGAGGUUCAGGUGUGACAAGGCAGCAGCUAUGGCUCAGACGCCACACCUGUGGCUGAGUGGUCAACGAACUUUGAUUGGACAGGUCUUCUAGCAGCGCAUGGGCCAGUUCAGCCUCGUCGAUUUCAUUGUCCAAACUUCCACCUCACCUGGCAGUCUUUCACCCAAGGAACAAACAACCUCCCUCUGCGCUCACGUCAAGAAGGUCAGCAGUCAUAUUUUGACUUGACGCGUCAGGGCCUCUCUCUUAAUAUAUUGUUUCCUCUCAUCUCUCUUCAGCGAGCGAUCCGCAACUCCUCGGCGCGUUUCAUUUCUAAGUCCACGCCAAGCUGUCACUACGUCUUGUUCCUUUUCGUACGCGCUUUCGCCCGGUGCCCUCCCUCGAUUGAUCGCAGAACUCUACGAAGCGGUAGUUAUUAGCUUAAUCUCUCGCUUGAUCGAAUACACACCCGUUUUCGUGCUCUAGUCGGCCAUCGAACGUAUUGCGAUAUCGCAACUUAACAGCCAACCGAAACCGCCCAUUCGCUCACCAUCGAUAUCUUCGCUUCUCCCCGAAAUCGCUUUUCACCAUGUUUUUUCUUUAUAAUUUGGAACGCAAGGUCACCUUGCACCCUUCUUUCAUGGGGCGCAACAUGCACGAUCUCGUGACCGCGAAGCUCUUGAAGGAUGUUGAAGGCACAUGCGCUGGUAGCUACUUCAUCAUUUCCAUCAUGGACGCUUUCGAAAUAUCUGAAGGACGAAUCCUCCCCGGUCUUGGUAUGGCUGAAUUCACUGUCGGAUAUCGUGCCGUAGUAUGGCGGCCAUUCAAAGGCGAGACGGUCGAUGCAGUUGUGCACUCUAUAAACCCACAAGGUUUCUUCGCCCAUGCAGGACCUCUGCAGCUGUUUGUUUCAGCCCAUCUGAUUCCUAGUGAUGUGAAAUAUGACCCCAAUGCGACGCCACCUCAGUUCACAAACAACGAGGAUACCUCUAUUGAGCCCCAAACCCACGUUCGCGUCAAAAUCAUAGGAACUCGAACAGAGGUUGGAGAAAUGUGGGCUAUCGGUAGCAUCAAGGAGGAUUACUUGGGAUGCCUCCAAGCUUCUUAAGUUGGGCGUGGUAUUGGACGGAGUGGGAACCAAGAAAACCAAAGCCCUCAAACAAUUAGGCGAUUCUGCAACAGCAGCCAGCCCUUCUAUUACUGGAAGCAGGAGCGAAAGCAACUCAAACGAAAAUCUAUCAAUCAUCACCUUAGGGAGGAGACAAACCAGCUGAAUUGACGACAAUAGAGCCCGCAGCAGGUGAGUCGGGUCGACGCGCCGAACAGUGACUGUUCUGGGGCACGUACAAUCUAUUGGUAUAGAAGGUGGUCAAGAUUUAACGUUGACCGGAAAAUUGAACAUAAUGGAUACAGUUUGCUAUAAGGAAAAUGAAUUCUUGUUUCUGUCAGAUUUAGACAGCGAACAAUAGACAAUUACACGCAAGUUUGUAGUUUGCAAAUAAGACAAUAAAAGCAAAGAUACCCGAUAACGCUCCA